AUGCCGUCUUUCACACUGAACACUAAUUUGCCGAGGGAUAAGAUUCCUCCUAAUUUUCCGGCUGAAAUUUCCAAAUUGCUUUCGAAGCUUACCGGAAAGCCGGAGUCUUACAUAACAGUGGCCAUAAAUUCGGACCAGUUGCGAGUAUUCAAUGGUACUCCAGCUCCGUGUGCAAGUAGCACUCUAGAAAUUUUGGGAAGUGUGGACAGCAAGAAGGUCACCAAGGAAAUUAAUGGUCUGAUUCAUGAAAAACUGGGUAUUGAUUUUGACAGACUGUUCCUAUUUUUCUACAACUUAAGUGGUUCUCAAGUUGGUCAUGGUCAAUCCACAUUUGGCUAA